GCGCGAGGAGACCUUGUUGGGAAAGAACGCGACUCGCGACUUUUUCGCUUGUUUUAGAACUUCUAAGCUGCCGCUUCGAGAUUCCGAGAGCAAAGACCGGGGGCCCUCCGAAGUCAAUGGUGCGUCGGAGGAGCCGGAGCGUCAUCAGGGCGGACGCUGCAGUCCGAAGAUGAAUCUGAGGAAGCUUGCAAUUGCAAAGCGAGACCACGAGAAACAAACGCUAAUAGAGCAGCUGGCAAUGGAUUACCAGGGGAAGGCUAGCGCAGAGGGACUCUCGGCAAAGGCCUACAUCGAUAAGGAAGAAGUCGACGCCCUCAAUCCCAACAAAGUCCCCUUUGAUUUUGAACUUGCAAGGUUGUCCAUCAGAGGAAGACGAAACUACUUUCGUGCUGUUCGCCGGCUCUUCACAUGCGCAUGGCCAGACUAUAGCGAGGGUGUGAGCUGCCCAGCUGUACCUGCAGG